AUGUCCUUUACUGAUAGCGAUUCGACUGCCCUGGGGCCCCCUCAGCCGAUGAGGAGGCAUACAACAGAGUGGCUGCCUGAGUACGAAAAGCACAUGCCUUCUUGGGCGCCAGACAAUGCAACACCUGCCAACAGCGAUGGGCAGGCGCACUGGCUGUUUCAAAAAACCAACCAUAACGCUCUUGAGCGACUCCAUCACGAAGUGACCUGGGCAUCUCUGAUCGACCCAAAUCGUGCCACCAACUUCGCAUCGAGUACAGCUGAUAUUUCCGAGACUCCGACCACUUCUUCCAGUCUGUCGGUCGAAACCACCAAUGACCAGCUUCCAGAUUUCAUCAAGCCGAUUUCUCCCAACCUCAGCCCAGACGACAUCGAUUAUCUCUCCAGGAAAGGCGCGUUUUGUAUUCCCUCGCCAUCCUUUCUCGAUGCCUUGGUCCGGAGUUACAUCAGAUACUUCCACCCGUUCAUGCCCCUUCUGGACCUGCCAACACUUUUUCAUUGCAUCAGCGGAAAUCGUUCUCAUGACGACCCCAAGGUCAGUAUUCUGCUCUUCCAAGCAGUCAUGUUCGCUGGUGCAACGUUCGUCGACCUCGAUAAAAUUUGGGGUGCAGGGUUCUCGACCAGGAGGGAGGCUAGAAAAGCAUUCUAUGACAGAGCCCGAGUACUCUACGAUCUUGACGUUGACUGCGACCGGAUCCCCGUAAUUCAAGCUGCGCUUUUACUAAGCUACUGGUCCGAAACCCCUGGUGAUAACAAGGGUGGCUGGCAUUGGACCGGGAUCUGCUAUUCUUUGGCACUCACGCUUGGACUUCAUAUAAAAGCCGACUCCGUCGUGCCUAACCGACACGUUCAUCUUCGCAGAAGGAUAUGGUGGUCAUUCUUUAUGAGGGACAGACUACUAGCUCUUGCAAUGUCGAGACCCCUCAGAAUAAGAGAGAGUGAAUUCAAUACGCCAAUGUUGACUUUGGACGACUUUGACCUUGGUGACUACGCAGCAGGACAACUAAACGACCCUGUUUUGACCACGGAUUGCCAGACAGCUCUAGCUGAACUGUGCAUCGAAAUGGCCCGACUUUGUAUGGAGAUCGGAGCUGUGGUCGACCUGCACUUCUCUCUCCUACCGAGCAACGACCAAAUGCAAGCUACUAAAGACCACACCGGAAGAACCACGACAAUACUGUUUCCAAAAUUCGAUGCAGGCAAAUUGAAAUCAGUCUUGUUUCACGACCAAAAGCUGCGAGAUUGGUUUGACAGCCGGUGUCCAUCAGCAAUGUUUCAAUCACCAGUACCGACCGACAAUCGAAGUUCAUCUUCAGCACUAUCUGUACACCAGGCUUUCCUGCACAUCUGCUUUUGUUCAGCGAUGUCGGCCUUGCAUCGACCUUUGGUCGACCGCCGCAGUAAUUCAGCGAACGAUGCUGGAUUUUCCGAAUAUCGCACAUUAUCCGUCAUGAGAAUCGAAGAGGCUGGGAUUGAGAUGGCUGCAAUGAAUCGUGGGUUACACGACCUCGACCUAGCCGGCUUCCUACCACCCACUGCUGCAACACUGGAGCUGCCUAUUAUCAUCACACAUGUUAAGAGGCUCCAGAAGAGUAGCCGGGUUGUCCUCCAGUCGCUUGAGUCGAUAUUUUACUGCCUGAAAGUGCUGGAGAAGAUACAAGAACUCUAUAUUGGUGUCGACAUGGUGAUGGCGUUCGUUAUGGACAUUCUGAGAAGGGGAGAUAUUGUGCUGGAAACGGGAAGUAAUGGAGAAAUGACCACACUCGGCUAUCAAGGCGACAGCUACAGUAUCACAAAUGCGAUGUCGAAGUCUGCCACUGGACAACCAGAUCCUCCGGCUGAGCAGAACCGCAGCGAUUCAGAACCAUGGUGGUUAUCUAGGGAGAGCAAUGCGAGAGAUGGUCCCGCCAUAUCCAAUGGACAACCGGGAGGUCUUUCCGAUUCGAGUCUGGGAUCGGCUCACACACCUUGUGAUGCUCUUGAUCUACCGCAGGCUCAAUGGAACUCUUAUGACGACAUAUUCCUCACCGAAGGAAUGGACCCUGAUUCUACAUUCCGCCUGAUGGUGGACUUUGAGAGCUUGAACGAGUUCGAUCUGGCGGAGUUCGAGCCCGUGGCAGACACUGAAGUAUAGCUUCGCUUACGCA